AUGGUAGAGUCACAAGUCUCACCAUGCCGCAUUACAGUCAUGGCAUCGGGCUUCGGCUCCAACUUUCAGGCUCUUAUUGACGGCAUAGCCAGCGGUUCCCUGCCACAAAGUCGCAUCAUUGGGCUCAUCACCAACCGCAAGACUGCAUAUGCUACGGCGCGUGCCGACAAGGCCGGCAUCCCUUGGCAGUACUUCAACCUGAUCAGUAACGGCUUUCAGGAAAAGGGGGAGACGGACGAGGCCAAGAUCACAAAAGCCCGUCAAAAGUACGACGCCGCUCUUGCGGCCAAAAUCCUAUCAGCGCCCCAGGACCAGCGCCCGGAGCUGAUUGUGCUUGCUGGCUGGAUGUACGUCUUUUCGCCAGCCUUUCUGGAUCCCAUUGACAGGGCCGGCAUUCGCAUCAUCAACCUACACCCCGCCAUGCCCGGCGAAUUCGACGGCGCCAACGCCAUCGAGCGUGCCUUUGCCGCCUUUCAGGCCGGUACCCUCACCCGCACGGGAAUCAUGGCGCACUACGUUAUUGCUGAGGUCGACCGCGGCGCGCCCAUCCUCGUACAGGAAAUUCCGUGGGAGGGCGAGGAUCUAGAGGCGCUCAAGGAAAAGAUUCACGGGCACGAGCAUGCGCUCAUUGUUAAUGCGACAGCCAAAGUCGCUAAAGAGAUUAUCGCGAGUCGGACAUGA